AUGGACGACUUUCUGGAGUGCAAAAAAAAGCGAACAGCACAGUCAAGGCUUAAAAGUCGUAUAAAGCGAAAUAAAUCAACUGCGGUUAGAUUUAAUGCAUCAGACAUACACUAUGGCUUGGCAGAACCUUUAGACAACAUUCCAACAGAAGAAGAAUUAAAUAUAAAAAAACAAUUUUUUUUGGACAAGUUGGGUAAGAUUGAUCGAUAUGAGCUAGAACGUACUACAAAAGAUCAAAGCCAUAGUCAAGAGUGGUACACUGAAAGAAAAAAAAGGCUAACUGCAUCCAACUUUGGCGAUGUUUGUAAAAUGCGAACAAGUACAAGUUGCCAAAAAAAAGUUUACUCCCUACUUUAUAGACCAAAUACAAUGACUAAAGAAAUGACAUAUGGUGUUGAAAUGGAACGUCUUGCCAGAAAUAAGUAUGAAAAAUUAUAUGGUGUUUCAGUUGAAGCAUGUGGAUUGUUUGCUGACAUAGAAUUCCCUUUUCUAGCUGCAAGUCCUGAUGGUCUAAUUGACGAAAAUUGUAUUAUAGAAAUAAAAUGCCCAUAUGUAGCAAGAGAAACCACUACAAUCCUUGAAGCCAUAGAAAAUAAACUAUUACAGUGCUGCACAGUCGAAAAUAAUGUUGUAGAACUAAAAAAGAACCAUAAAUACUAUUUCCAAGUUAUAGGGCAAUUGCGAAUAACUAAUCGUACUAUAUGUCAUUUUGUAAUUUUUACUCCAAACUGGAUAAACGUUCAAAAAAUCGAAUUUGAUGAGAUAUUUUGGAAAACAAAAAUGGAGGAAAAAUUGAAAACGUUUUAUUUGGAUUGUCUAUUACCCGAAAUUGCAUGUCCACUUUAUGGAAAACGCCUAGAAUUAACUGACAUCAGAGAACCCAGAUACAUUUUAAAUGAAAAAGAAAAAAGAAAAAAGAAAAAACCAAAAGAUAAAAAACGGAAUUAGCACGGCUUAUAUAAUAGUAUAGCUUAUAAUAUAAUUCAAUAUAUAUUACUAUUUAUUUAAUUUUUAGAUUUUUUUACAUACCUAUGUCCUAUAGUAUGCUUACACUCUACAAUUCUACCUAGUCUAUAACAUUAUAAUGACCAAACAGUAUAGUGAA